GUGCUUCAUCUUCCUUUCCCAAUCCAUUUUCCAGAAUUUUAUCCCUCGAUCUUCGACUAAUCGCAGUCUUCGACGAACGGCGAUAAUCCGAAUAUUCGGUUGUUCACGGUUCAGUAAAACCUAAUUGAAGAUCAAUCUCUCUUUGAGUUCUCAAGAUGCCGGCCACAGCGGGUAGGGUUCGUAUGCCAGCCAACAAUCGGGUGCACAGUAGUGCUGCUUUGCAAACCCAUGGUAUAUGGCAGAGUGCAAUCGGAUAUGAUCCUUAUGCACCCAACAAGGAAGAUAAUAAGAAAUCUGCCCAGCCUCAAUCUUCCAAUGCAGAGCCUGAGGGCGAAAAUGCUUAUGCUAGCUUCCAGGGGUUGCUUGCGCUUGCUCGGAUUACUGGAUCCAAUGCUGACGAGGCUCGUGGAUCCUGCAAGAAGUGUGGUCGUGUUGGCCAUCUGACUUUCCAGUGUAGAAACUUCUUGAGCAUCAAGGAAGAUAAGGAUAAGGAUCCGGAGGCUAUUCAGGCUGCUGUUUUGUCAGGGUUAGAGAAACUGAAAGGGAAUGGCAAGAGAACUGCAAAUGAGAGCUCGGAUGAGAGUGAUGAAGAGGAGAGUGAGAGUUCAGACUCUGAUUAUGAUUCAGAGAUCGAAAGGGCUAUUGCUCAGAAAUAUGGGAAGAGUCUGAGUAGUACAUCAAAGUCUUUGAGAAAGAAGCAAGAUGAUGAUUCUGAUUCUGAUGAGUCGCAUUCUAAGGAGAGGAAGAAAAGGGGUAGGUCAAAGAAGAGAAGUGCGAAAAGGAGUACCAGUGAUAGUGACGAAAAGGGUGGGAGGAAGAGGAGGAAAGAAAAGAGGAGGAGAAAGGACGAGUCAUCGGAUGAGGAUCGAAAACGUCGAUCUUAUCGGAGGAAGAGUAGGAAGGAGAAGAGGCGAAGGAGAAGCCAUCGACAUUCAGAUGAUUCAGACACGUCUGAAGACUCAAUUAGAAGGCAUAAGAGGAAGAGCAAGAGUAAGAGAUCAGCUAUGUCUUCUGAUUCGGAUGCCAGCAGCUCUGAGGAUUCACGGGUUGGUAGGGACAAAAGAAGGCUUGAGAGGAGGAGCAGGAAAUAGUCCUUAUUAUCGAACAGAGUGUUUUCAUUCGAAAAGGAAGCUGAGACUGGUGAUUCUGUAGCUGUAUCCAUAUGACUCCAUUUAUCAAAGUUUAGUCGAUUAAAACGAAUUACAAAUUAACUGUUAUGUACAAAUCCAGAUUGCAUCAUGUUGUUCCAGUAUCUUUCAUUUUUAUUUGAUCGUCGUGGCCAAA